GCUAAUGAGAGAGAAAAGGAGUGAGAAUUUCGCCGGCGAUUUGAAUCAUCAUCAUCAUCAUUAUCGCCGGUGAUCAACUACAUUCUCUCUCUCUCUAUCUCUCUUAGAUCUUGAAUUCUUCUUCUUCUUCAUCUUGUUUCUUGAUUGUUUCUAAAGAUUGGUCCUUUUUUGUAUGUAAUCACUAGGACUGACAUUCCCAGCUCGAUUACCAUUGUUUUAUGCGUGACCCAUAAGCAAAAGUUCAAAUAUUUAUACGCACACGUACAGAUCUAGCAAUCUAUCAAGAGAGAAAACAGAGAUAGAGAGAGAUGGAUGUUAAGGAAAUUCCAGAGUCAUUCAUUGGAGCUACUUCAGAUGAUAUGACGCAACAGGUUUUGAUGAUUUGGUCACAAAUCAAAUCCCCAUUGAUCGUGCCUCUCCUUCGGAUAGCAGUUGUGAUUUGUAUCACAAUGUCUUUGAUGCUGUUUAUUGAAAGGGUUUAUAUGGGAAUUGUGAUUGCUCUUGUCAAGAUCAUUGGCAGAAAACCUGAAAAACGUUACAAAUGGGAACCUCUUAAAGAUGAUGUUGAAAUGGGUAAUUCAGCUUACCCAAUGGUUCUUGUUCAAAUCCCAAUGUACAACGAAAGAGAGGUUUACCAGCUUUCAAUUGGUGCUGCAUGUGGGCUUUCAUGGCCAUCCGACAGGAUUAUAAUCCAAGUCCUAGAUGAUUCAACAGACCCUACAAUUAAGGCUUUGGUGGAAAUGGAAUGUCAUAGAUGGGCAAGUAAAGGGAUAAACAUAAAGUAUGAAAUCAGGGACAAUAGAAAUGGGUAUAAAUCUGGUGCUCUAAAAGAAGGGAUGAAGAAAGAUUAUGUUCGACAUUGUGAUUACGUUUCUAUUUUCGACGCCGACUUUCAACCGGAGCCGGAGUUUCUCUGGCGGACGGUGCCCUUUCUUUAUCACAACCCAAAGAUUGCUCUUGUUCAAGCUAGAUGGAUGUUUGUGAAUGCGGACGAAUGCUUGAUGACAAGAAUGCAAGAGAUGUCACUAAACUAUCAUUUCACUGUUGAGCAAGAAGUGGGCUCUUCCACUUAUGCCUUCUUUGGAUUCAAUGGGACUGCUGGUGUAUGGAGAAUUGCUGCAAUUGAUGAGGCUGGAGGAUGGAAAGACAGGACAACAGUUGAAGACAUGGAUCUUGCUGUCCGAGCAAGUCUCAAAGGAUGGAAAUUCUUGUACCUCGGAACUGUUAAGGUGAAAAAUGAGCUGCCAAGCACAUUCAAGGCAUACAGGUUCCAACAGCAUCGAUGGUCAUGUGGACCAGCUAACCUUUUUAAGAAAAUGGCUUCCGAAAUCAUUUCAAAUAAGAAAGUAACUUUUUGGAAGAAGAUACACGUGAUUUACAGUUUCUUCUUUGUGAGGAAGAUUGUAGCUCAUCUUGUAACUUUCUUGUUUUACUGCGUCUUCUUGCCUGCAACUGUUUUUGUACCCGAGAUCCAUGUACCGAAAUGGGCUUCAUUCUAUAUUCCUUCUAUCAUCACUGUAUUGAACUCUGUUGGUACCCCCAGAUCGCUUCACUUGGUGGUUUUCUGGAUUCUAUUUGAGAAUGUAAUGGCAAUGCAUCGUACCAAAGGUACAUUCAUUGGCCUUCUCGAGGCAGGGAGAGUGAAUGAGUGGAUUGUCACGGAAAAGCUCGGUGAUGGUCUCAAGCUCAAAACUAUAGGAAAAGCCCCCAACAAAAAGCAGUUGCCUAGGUUCAAGAUUGGUGAAAGGAUUCUUGUGUUGGAGGUUUGUGUUGGAAUAUACUUAUUCAUCUGUGGAGUAUAUGAUUUCAACUUUGGGAAGAAUCGCUAUUUUGUAUACCUUUUUGCACAAGCCAUUGCUUUCUUCACCGCUGGAUUUGGCUACAUUGGUACCGUGGUCCCAAACUCUUAGUAAUUUUUUCGAUUUGAAUCAUAAGGAGAAAAAUAAAAAAUAAGAAAAAUAGAACAAGGAGAAGAAUAUGAUGAUCUUCAUAUGUGAAUUGUUACCGCCCUGUGCGUGUAUUAGUGGCGUCCUUUAGAAGGGAGAUCUCGCGUUUUAAUUUCUCGACUUGAAAAGAAGUCGAAAAAACAAAUAUGUGUUUGGUUAUUCUUUUAGGUACUUUUUAUUUUUAUCAUAAGGUGUAUUCAAGUUCUCUAUUACUUGAAAGUAAUCAAAUGAAACAAUUAAUUACUA